UGCAUGGUUCACCUCCUCUGCGCUGGAACACUCCCUCUAACUCUUAAAAAAAAGAGAUUGACUCUAUACAUCUAGAAGAAUUUGGAAGGCAGCAACAAGACUGAAGAAAGAAUGACAGGUGAAAGACCAGACUAGGUGGUUGAGGUUGCACCAGAUACGCUCUGCUGCUGCUGCCUAAGGGGCUGCAAAAAGCAUCAUCAUGAGCUCCCAUGCAGGAGGCUCUGGUGUAAACAUCUCAAGUGGAGUGACAGGUCAUGAAUCUGAGGAUCCGCAUGAAGAAAACAGCAACGAUGAACCUUACACCCCACACUUGAUGGCAGUGAGGCCUCAGCUGAGGAGCGCUGAUCCAGCCGGAAGAGGGAGAUCAAGCAGUGUGGAGCAGCUGGGGAGACUUUCCUUACCCGGGAGGAAAGCUCGCAGAAAGACCUGCGCUGAGGACGACAGAGGAAGAUGGAGAGAAGGAAACCAAGUAAGUGAAGAGGAGAGAAGAAGUGUUGAACGUGCAGAAGGAAGGGACAGAGGGAAGCAAAGGCAGUGGAAGACUGAAAGAACACAUGGAGAUGGAGCCCAGGAGAGAUGUCAUUCUGACAUGCAGUUAAAUUGUGCUUUGGAAGUUGGAGAAGGAUCAAACAACUUACAGGGAGGACAAACAUGUCCCAGAUUUAUCUGUAUCGGCUGCUCCCAGACCAACACCGUCAGUUUGAUUGCCCAGUCCCCUUGGUCCACAGUGAAGCCCAUGUCUUCUUCUCCCCCUCAACUUUCCAUCCCAUCCAGCUCCACACCACUGCAAGCUCAGAGGCUUUCCCUCAGGACGGCUGCAGAAGGCCUGCACCACUACCCACCCAGUUCAUCCAGAGAGCCUGAUCCGUUGUGGUUGCAGGUGAGAGAUGGAACAGCGCAAAAUCACCAUAGCUCAGAGUUUGGAGAAGAGGAGGAGGAGGACAAUGACGAAGUAGAGGGUGAGGACGUGGAAGAUGGCAAGGAGGAAGGCCGUGGUGUGAUGGAGGUGAUGAGCCAAACCACGACGGUGGCAGUGGUGCCACACUGUCGUCCUUUUGGGGAGCGAAGGAUGUGUAAAAGAGAGAAGAACAGGAUUAAGUGUCUGAGGAGGAGGCAAAGGAGAAGGGAGAGGUGGAGACAAAGUCAACUGCAUGAGAGCCGACAGAGUUCAACAGAAAACCCAACCACCAGCAGCAGCAGCAGCAGCAGCAGGGAGGACGAUGAGGACGUGAGCACCAGGGACAAAGAAGGUUACAUCUGUGCUGUGUGUUUGGACGUGUACUUCAGCCCUUACAUGUGCCACCCGUGCAGCCACAUCUUCUGUGAACCCUGUCUGCGGACGCUGGCUAAGAGCAGCCCCGCCAACACCCCCUGCCCCCUCUGCAGAACAAUCAUCACGCACGUCUUCUUCCAGAAGGAGCUAAACCAAACCACGAGAACAUUCUUCCCGAAGGAAUACCUUUCACGGAAACAGAUUUUUCAGAAAGCAAGUUGUGCAAAGUGGCCUCUCCCAAGCUGCAGAAAGCUCUUCCGUAUCUUUGGAGGCUUCCAGAGGCAGAACAGUCCCAUUGCCAGACGCCAGUUCCCCCACGGAGGCAGCUUCCAUCAGGAUACCAUGGACUUUGAGGACGACUCUCAAAGCUGGCGCUUUGACAUGGACAUGGUCAUCAUCUACAUCUACUCAGUCAACUGGGUUAUCGGCUUCUUCAUAUUCUGCUUCCUCUGCUACCUCUUCUUCCCUUCUUUUUGACAGUCAUUUAAACGGUGACGGAGCAAAACAGGACAAGGGAAUUCCACUUUAUGAAACGAAAGGGACUGAGGGUAAAGUAUAGAUAUGGCAGGUUAGACGGUGGUGCAGGGAGAACGGCAGUGUACCAGCUUGUUGUGUGUCACCAAUAAAUCAUUAAAAAUGGGGGAUUGGUGUAGUGGGAUGUUUGGGAAUCCAUUGUUCUCUGUUCUCUGCGUCCAGGUGAUGAUGAUGCACAUGACGUGUGGAUGUCCUGUGUCUGUACAGUGUACGGAUGGAGUCAAUAUAGCAACUCUUAAGCUGUGGUGUUUUACUUUCACUAUAUUCACAUUUGCAUUACAACAUAUCAUAAAGCGUAGAUGCACAUCCCAGUGGAAAAUGACAACAGCAAUUUUCCAAAGUAAAAAUCUGGAUGGGAAAUUUUUACUUUUCCCAGAACAUUUUAAAAUCAGUUUUUUAAAGUUGUAAUUGUAUUUGUCAUUGAGAAACAAACAUAUGAUUAUUGAAAGAUUGUAGUGCUAUUUUUUUUGCACCAAAUCCAUGAAAGAAACACUGUAGUUAUCAUGAAUAUCCACAGUUGAAUACCAAUCAUAAAUAAUAAUAAUAACAAUAAUAAUAAUAUUUAAACCAUAAUACAUAAAAUAAUAUCAUUAGAGAACUGGAUUUUCAUUUCGAUUCAA